AUGGACGAAACUAUGGACUACACAUAUCACCACCAAGAGCAGGCCCAGGGCCAGGGCCAGCUCCCAUUCUCGCAACAGCGAUCCCGGUGCCCCUACUACAACCGAAACGAGCAUCACCAGCAACUCCCCGGCAUCCCACAGCAGCACCGCUCGACGAUGCAUUACGAUCCUGUCCACGCCUCUGCAGGCCACUGGCAUCCCCAGGGACAACUGCCCCCCUAUCACUGGCAACAUCACAUGCUGGGUCACCACCCUCAGCUGGUGCCUCAACAACAACGGUCUUCGAGCGCGGUCUCAGAUCCCCAUUUUUACAAUCAUGGAUCGGCCUCGAGUUUUGGCAAUGGCGCGGGUGGCUAUUCGGGUGUUGCCCCAAAUGAGAUGGGAGGAGGACCUCAGACGGUGCAUCCGCCCUUCCCUCACACUCAACUUCCUCCCGUGAGAUAUAAUCCUUCGUCGUCCCUUGCAGCCAGCCAGCCGACUGCAGGCCAGCCCGUCUUCAGCCCUGAAAGACCAUUUGGACAGAACACGGCGUCCCGCAACGGUGCAUUCAACGCAGCUUCGCAUUCUCUCAACGCAUCGACGACACCCAACACCCAGGACGCUUCAGAACCCAGCGCUGAGCCUACCCGGCCGGCCCAGUCCGCCACUUCAGAGUCCACAGGCACUCUGAGCCAGGCGCCGCCUCCCAACAGCACCGGCAGCAUCCAGUUCGGAUCUGCUCCGCCGUCGUCUGCACCCCAGCCCUACUCAACGUUCCCCCUUGCGCCUUAUCGAAUGCAUCGCUCGGCUGCUUCAGGUGAGAUGAACGCGUUUAUAGGCGGCAGCGGCGGCAGCCUGUUGUUUUCUCAUCACGCUUACGCUUUUACAGGUGGCCCCCCAACCACGAACCCAACCAGCAACUUCGUGCCGCCAAACUUGCGCCGAGCCCCAGGAAACCCCCGCCGCACCAUGUCGCGAAGGCAGAGCCCACCCUCGGACGCUGACAUGGAUUCUGAAAGAGAGUUGAGGAUGAUGGAGCAGGUGAUCCACGCGAACGGAAAUGCAGGCCGCCUGCUGGACGGCGAUCACCACAUGGACCCUGUGCGCGCCGCCCAGUUCUUACGCGGUUCAGUCACAACGAAGUACGUGGCAUCUCCAUCGGCCAUACUGUCGCUGCAGAGUGUGCCGAUUUCGGACCUGCCCGAGAGCGAAAGAACUUGCGUCAUCUGCUACAACGAAUUCGGUGUGGAGACUCCAGAGGGCGUCAAGGAGGCGCCACUGCGGCUACCCAAGUGUAAACACGUCUUUGGCGACCAUUGCAUCAAGAAGUGGCUGGAGGAAUCGGACAGCUGCCCUUACUGCAGGGACAAGGUGCCGAACGAGCCCAGGGUCACGUCGACGAACCCCAACGUCAACAGCAUGCUUCGUAACCGUAGCCAAGUGACGCUAGGGGGCUACGCUGGGUUCAUGAGAGAGAGGGAUGCCAACCUGGCAUACGAUGAGUCGAGCCGGUUUUUGGUAGCCGGCUCCGGCCAUGGCGAACGUCGCUCACCGCCGACUGACAGCGGCGAAGGCCGCCGUAGGAUUCGUCCCCGGCAUGGCAGUCUCCGCGGACCCGGCUCUCCGUCUUCCCCGGGCGGCUCGCGGCCGGCAUCCUUCGGUUCUUCUUCGUCUUCAACCAACCACGAGAACAACCGAAGGUCGCAUGCCGCCGUCGCCGCCGCCGCAAACCGCGCGUACCUGUCGAACACGAACACGACCACCCGACCAAGUCACGGCUCCGCUGCGCAGGUCACGUUGCCCAGAGGAAACACGUCUCAGUAUCAGGUCCCCAGUCUCGGCCACGGUCCCAUGAUGGAGACGUUAACCUCGGUGACGUCGACGAUGUCGACUUACAUGCAGCAGGAAAUGCGCCAAGGUAACCCUCCCGGAGGACAAGGCGGCGGCUUCGUGAACCCGCCCAAUCGAAGCUCCUUGCCGGCGCCUCUUCCCGGAGCCUGGGUUUCCGGGACUCCUGCCUCGUCGGAUGACUUGCAUCGACGCAUGAUGCUUGGCGACAACAACAGCAACAACAACCACAACAACAACCACAAUAAUAACAACAACAACAACAACAACAACAACAACACCAACGACGAAGAUCAGGCUCACACCGGUGCUCAAUGGGGACAACAGUAG